UCAAACAACCCCUAUUCCCACCCAAACACAUCUUUCUUUCUCUUUCUCUUUCUCUCCAGUCAAACCAUCCUUCCUCUCUUCUAUCCUUUUUCUUUCUCACCAAAAUUAUUUACUCAAAAUGGACUGCAUGGAUGAGAGUACCACAACUGAAUCACUCUCAUCUGAGGACAAGCUCCUUCUGCUUUCCUCCACCAAUCUUUCUCCUCCGCCGCCCUCCACCACCUUGUGUCGCGUCGGCAGCGCCGCCAGCGCAAUCCUAGAUCCUGAGGGCGCCGCCGCCGGAAACACUGAGGCCGAGUCCAGGAAGCUUCCCUCCUCAAAGUACAAAGGCGUCGUCCCGCAGCCCAACGGCCGCUGGGGCGCCCAGAUUUACGAGAAGCACCAGCGCGUCUGGCUGGGAACCUUCAACGAGGAAGACGAGGCGGCCAGGGCAUACGACAUCGCCGCGCAGCGCUUCCGCGGCAAGGACGCGGUCACCAACUUCAAGCCGGUAUCCGCCGGCGCCGGAGAGGGCGACGACGAGGACGGCGAGGCCGAGUUUCUCAACUCGCAUUCCAAGUCGGAAAUCGUCGACAUGCUCAGGAAACACACGUACAAUGACGAGCUUGAGCAGAGCAAGCGCAGCCGCGGAGUCGUACGGCGGCGCGGCGGAGCCGCCGCAGCCGGAACCGGUAAUUCGAUCUCUGGCGCGUGUUUUGUAAAGGCGCGGGAGCAGCUGUUCGAGAAGGCGGUUACGCCGAGCGACGUGGGGAAGCUGAAUCGGUUGGUGAUCCCGAAGCAACACGCGGAGAAGCACUUCCCGUUGCAAAGCGUUAACGGCGUUAGCGCGACGGCGGCGAAAGGCGUUUUGUUGAACUUCGAAGACGUUGCGGGGAAAGUGUGGCGAUUCCGCUACUCGUAUUGGAAUAGUAGCCAGAGCUACGUUUUGACCAAAGGUUGGAGCCGGUUCGUUAAAGAAAAGAAUCUGAAAGCCGGUGACACGGUUUGCUUUCACCGGUCCACUGGACCGGACAAACAGCUCUAUAUCGAUUGGAAGGCGCGGAAUAAUAAUGUUAACGAGGUUGGGUUGUUCGGUCCAGUCGGGCCGGUUGUUGAACCGAUUCAGAUGGUUCGGCUCUUCGGCGUUAACAUUUUGAAACUACCCGGUUCGGAGCCUAAUGGUAACAAUAAUGCAAGCGGAACUAUUCCCGGGUUCUGCAAUGGCAAAAGAAGAGAAAUGGAGCUGUUUUCGUUGGAGUGUAGCAAGAAGCCUAAGAUUAUUGGUGCUUUGUAACAUUACGUUAGAAACUUCGUUUUUGUUUUGUUUUUGUUUUUUUUUUCUUUUUGUGACUGAUGAAAGGAAGAAGGUACAAGAACGGCGGUGCAGAGGCAAGUUGCAAAAGGUGGAUUGUAUAUUACUUAAUUAGACGCAGAAAUUAGGUGUAAUGUGACCAAACUGUACAAGGGAAAAAAAAAAAAAGGAGAAGUAAAAAAAGAAGAAAAGAUAACUGUUUAAUUGUACAUGUUGCAUCGUUUGAAUGAUGAUUAUGUUGAUGGCA